AUUUGAAAUAUCAAAGUAAGUCCCAAGAAGAACCCCCCAUAGGCAUUUGUUGUAGAGUGUAGUUACUUAAAAAAAUAAGGAACCCUAAAACUUGAAGUCUUCCCUCACAAAAUAUCGGUUAAUGGAAGGCUAAUUAAUUAAGUUCGUAAAAAAGCUUUAAUACUAGCUAAAAAAUCCCACACUCUCCGUAACGUCGGCUCACGCGCCCCUCUCGAUGUCACCCUUACCGGCGAUCUCACGUUACGUCAUCGCUUAUCCCUCUUUCUCAAACCCUCUUAUCCCUUUCUUCCUCUUAUCAUGCUUUUCUCGUCGGCCGGCGCUUUUUGUCUCUCUUCUUUCUCUCUCCUACUUUCUCUCUCCUCCGUUAAAAUUCCUCCGAUUACCUCCAUAACUUCAACAACCUACCCUACCUCCUUCUUCUUCAUCAUCAUCUUCUUGUUCCUUUGAUUGAUCUGAUUAUUCUCUGAAGGUUUUCGUCAAUGGCGGAAGGUCCAGAUUCAUCGUCGCCAUCUUUGGCGAUGAUUUCAUCUUCUCGGCCUGUUCCAGUGAGGGAGGAUUGUUGGAGCGAAGAUGCGACGUUUACGCUGAUCGAGGCGUGGGGACAGAGGUAUAUUGAGCUGAAUCGAGGAAAUCUGAGGCAGAAACAAUGGCAGGAGGUUGCUGAUACGGUGAAUAAUCGCCAUGGACAUGUGAAAAAAGCUCGGAGAACGGAUGUGCAGUGUAAGAAUCGGAUCGAUACUUUGAAGAAGAAGUAUAAGAUCGAGAAGGCUAGGGUUUUGGAUUCUAAUGGUGAGUAUAAGAGUUCUUGGCCUUUCUUUGAUCCUUUGGAUCAAUUGAUUGGAUCUACUAUGCCGUUGAAGAAGGUUUCUUCUCCUUCGCCUCCAAUGGCGGUUCCGUUGAUUGCUCAUCGGACGCCGGUGAUUUUGCCUCAGAAGAGGCCGGCGCCGUCUCCGUCGCCUCCGGUUCCGACACCGGCGCCGAUGCGAGGUGAUGAGCCGUCGUAUUUUAGGAAGAAUUAUUCGGCGAUUGCUGCUGCUGCUGCCGCUGCUGCGGCAGAGAGUGAGGAUGAGGAUGAGGAUGAGGAAGAGGAGGAGGAGGAGGAAGAGGAAGUGGAGAUGAGUGGAGAGAGUAGUGAGGCGGAUGGGAUAAGGAAGCUGGCUAGGGUGAUUGAGAAGUUUGGGGAGGUGUAUGCGAAGGUCGAAGCCGAGAAGCAGAGGCAGAUGGUUGAAUUGGAGAAGCAGAGGAUGCAAUUUGCUAAGGAGAUGGAGUGUCAAAGGAUGCAGAUGCUUGUUGAAAUGCAGGUUCAGCUUGAGAAGGUUAAGCGUGCUAAGAGAUCCGAUUCGAAUGCCUAUUUCAAGUUUGAGGCUUGAGUACAAGGAGUAUGGUCCUAGUUUUUAUGAAGAAAACAUUAUUGAAGGGGCAAUGAACGAUUUCGGUUCUUUGUACAUGUACGUGGGGUCGGUCUUGCUACCGUACUCCCCAGGCGGAGUGUUUCACGCGUUAGCUGGGCCCCUGAUCCGUGUUGUUUUACCAAAACAAUAUUGUUGUACUGCAAUUUUUUCCAGUAGUGUGUUCAACAUGUAGUGAGGACAUGUAUUUAAGUUUGUAGCUCAUUUAGGGGAAAGAGAUGAAACUCUGUAGGAAUUGAAGACUGAAAUUUCAGAAAGGUCACAAAGGUCGAGAUACAGGGUAAAUGGCUUGACAAUUUUAUCAUAAACGCUGAUUCAAAUUUUACUGCAACCAAGCUGUGGAAUUUUUAUUUAUUUGGCAACAGAUGUACUGAGUGGGAUCUGCGUGUUGCUUUUCUUUGAGAACAUGGGAGUAGUAUAGGACUUAUGAUGGGCUGCAUUUACUUGUCUCUAGGCUAUAGCAACCUUUUUUUUAUAUAGGGAUAAUUUUAGAAUUCUAUCAAACCCCUUAUUUGAGGAUGUAAUUGUGAUAAGUGCAAAAUGAUGCUGUUACCCAGCCUUCAGCCCUUUACUAGGUUAUAAAGAUUAUCUGACUAUAUGAUUAUAAUGUGAACUCUGAAUUAUGCCAAGUUUUGGAAGAACUAGAUAAGUGCCUAUAUUUAGGGUUGUUUUGUAACUUUCCUUGUAUUUUUUUCAUUGACCUAUAAGCGCAAUCUCUUGGAGAAUAGAAACCUUUUUGCAUUAUUCUUGAUUGAUAACACUUGCUGCAAAAAUAAUCUCAACUAUUGUUGAUUAAUAGAAAGAGUUAUUCUCUAGACACAAAAAUGUACAUGUAUGAUCCUCCAUUAUGAUGAUAUCGAACACUUAUGGGCCCAUUUUAACUCUGUUAAUAAUGGUGUUAGCCUUUAUCAAUUAGCAUUGAGUAUUUGUCAUAAUUCGGAUCUUUGAUGUACAUUUUUCUUAGUUGGGAUCAUUUUAGUUGUUAGAUGUGAAUAAUGAUUUGGUAGUGCAUAAGAGAAAGUGUGUGGGAAUAAGUUCAAAGAAUGAUUGAUGAUAUUGAGACGUGAGAGAGAAGAAAAAAGAAUUGUGAAGUUUAUGUGGGGACAUUUGGUGAAGGAAAGUGUGAAGUUUAUUCAGGGACAGAGAUAGUAGCAGUAUGAAAUGAUUCUUUUCUGAAAGUGAAUCUGUUAUUGUUAUUUUCUGCAUUAGUCAACAUGAAUUGUGAAAGUUUUGAUCAUCAAAGUCAUUUCUGGUCCUACUAUAUGUUAAUGGUGAUCAGGGCUAAUCAUCAAAUUCAGAUAUGUUCAGAUCAGAGCAAAUCAAACUUUGAUGAAUUGUGAAACUCUAAUCAUCAAAGUCAUGCUGUAGAUGCUAGAACUAGGGUGUUUUUGAUUCCCAAGUGCUAAGUAAUAGGAUUAUCUCCAAAGUUUUAUUUUUUGCCUUUUUUGUUUAUAGUCAUUGACAAUGGCGCCUGUAAACCUAAGUGUGUUCCUGGCAAACCUGGGGAAACAAAAGUUAUUACUGGGAUAAGAAUACAUGAUUUACCGGGCUAUAGAUGUAUAGGAGAAUAAGGUAACCUUCGGCAUGCUUAAAUCUUUCUUAGGUCCUGCAACAGCUUAUUGAACGUUUUUUUUUCUUUUUUUUUUUUCCUGUUGAUUGAUUUUCUUUGAAUCACUUCGAAUGUGGAAAUUGAUUGUUUAUAGUUGCAAUAUCUAGAAAGUUUUGAGAUCCUUUGGGUAUUGACAGUAUUGAAGUAGCAAUUCCCUGUUACUGGUUACUUAUAAGUUUGAAGGAUAUGAAUCAUUAAGCUUUAUUUGUCUUUCAAAUUUAAUUUGGCAUUUUGGCUGUUGGAAAGUUUAGCAUUGUUAUAUAUAGAGCUUAUAUUGGUCUGUCUUUCUC